AUAAAGCCAGAACCAAACAUUAUAGUACUAUUAUCAACUUAUAAGCUGCUUCAAUCUCAUCAUCCCCUUCUUCCUUCUAAACAUGGAGCAGUUUCCAGAAGAUUUUCCAAACAGUUCUUUAUCAGAAAUGGAGAAUUAUUACCGUUUUUUAGCUGCUAAUGGAAGUGUAAACGGCGUCGUUAAUUGUCCAUUAAAAUUUAAAAACAAUUAUAGUAGUAGUGGAAGCUGUACACCGUCGUUUUACAGUGGUUUAAUGAAUGAAACGACAGAAGCGAAAGCUUUAGCUGCUUCAAGGAUUCACCAUAAAGAAGCAGAGAAAAGGAGAAGAGAAAGAAUUAAUUCUCAUCUUGAUCGUCUUCGUUCUAUUCUUCCUUGUACUUCUAAGACAGACAAAGCAACACUGCUUUCCAAGGUAGUGCAGCGAGUGUUGGAGCUAAAACGGCAAACCUCGGAGCUUCAUCAAAAUCACAAUUUAAUGAUUCCUUCCGAAAACGACGAGUUUUCUGUUUACAUUCACAAUAAUAAUAAUAAUAAUAAUAAUAUUUUAUUAAAAGCUUCAUUAUGUUGUGAAGAUAGGCCAGAUCUUUUUAACGAUCUAAAUGGAGUAUUAAAUUCUUUGAAUUUAAAAACUCUAAGGGCGGAUAUAUCGUCCCUUGGAGGUCGAAUUCAAAGUGUUUUUAUCGUUAGCGUUAAUAACGGAUCUUCGAGCGAUGAAUGUGCCGUGUUUUUAAGGGAUGCUUUGAAAGGUAUUGUUCAACCAUCCGGUUCCGAGGCACGGUUAAAGCGUCGACGUAGAGUUUUCGAUGCCGUUGUUGAUUGUUAAAGCUAGCUAAUAAUAACUAGGGUUAUGCCUUUUUACUUUUAUAUAAUGAAAUUCGCUUAUGUAAAUGUACAUUUUACUUUUCGUGGGUCUGAAUUUGGGUUUCGGUCUUAAUUUAGAAAAUACGGAGUAUAAUGUAUUGAGUAAUAGGUGACAUCGUUUACAAGGUGAUGGGGGUAUAAGAAUAUUGUGAACAUUACUUUGAAUUUUGAAUGAAAUUGUUUUUUUUUUUUU